AUGGUUGGCUGUGGAGGCGAGCGGAAAUGGUGGUGUCGGCGUGGCGGCGGUGAACGCGAGGGAGUGGUGGCUCCUGCUAUCCGGCUAAUAUCAUGGAUUAUGAGAAGGCUACCUCAAAGUUUGGAUGGAUCUGUGAGGCAGCUGCUGGAGCUCCAAGAUCAACCACAGACUUGCUCGAUCUACAGCUCCAUCCUGCGGCAAUGCAUCGAUUCACGGGCACCGCUGGGUGUCGGCAGGGUUGUGCACGAUCACAUCGCCAGCCACGGGCUGGAUCGGGGAUGCUUUCUCGGGAAUUUGCUGCUCCAGAUGUAUGCGGCUUGUGGUGGAUCUGGCGCGGACGCCGAGUCAGUGCUGGCGAGACUUCUCGAGCCGGGUGUUUUCUCGUGGAACAUGGUCAUGGCAGCAUAUGCCAACAAGGGGCAACUGCAAGAGGCUCGGCGGAUCUUUGAGCUCUCGCGGAGGAAGAAUGUGGUGUCAUGGACGAUCGUCAUGGCGGCGUUCUCUCAGAGUGGUCGGAUCCGUGAGGCUGGGACGAUGUUCCAGGCGAUGCCGCAGCACAAUCUCGUCUCCCGGACGGCGAUGAUCCGAGCUCUUGGCCAGAGAGGGGAUUUUCGAUCGGCUCGGAGACUGUUUGAGACGAUGGAGGAGAGGAACUUGGUGUCCUGGAACACUGUAGUGGUGAUCUACGCUCAGGUGGCGAUGGUGGAUGCUGCGAUGGCCGUGCUAAGAAGAGCUCCCGGGUGGGAUCUUAUCUCCUGGACAACCAUGCUCGCAGCCUUUGCCCAACGAGGAGAUCUUUGUAAGGCGAGAGAGAUCUUUCAUUGGAUGAAGCACCGGAGUGAGGCUCCCUGGAAUGCGAUGAUCCAGGCGUACGCCGAGGCUGGCGAGAUCGAUCGCGCGAGUGAGAUGUUUGAGGGGAUUCCCAUGCGAGACAUCAUCACCUCGACGACGAUGGUGGACGCGUAUGCUCAGCUCGGGGAUCUUGCUGUUGCGCGAGCGAUCUUCGACGAGAUGCCCGAGAGGAAUUCGGUGACUUGGUCGGUGUUGAUCUCGGCCUACGGCAAGAACAACGGGAGAGAGUCGCUUCGUCUGUUCCUCCGGAUGGAUCUCGAGGGGUUUCGAGCCGAGGAGAUGACCUACGUCGCGGUCCUGGAUGCGUGCUCGAGCGCGGCCGCGGUUGCCGAGGGCAGGAUCAUCCACGAGAGCGUUUUGGAUCGGGGGCUGAGCAGGGACUUGCGAAUCGGGAGCGCUCUCGUCGAUUUCUACGGCAAGUGUGGCCAGCUCGAGACCGCUCGGUUGAUCUUCUCGGAGCUCCCGAUCCAGGACGUGAUACUCUGGACAGCGCUGAUCACGUCGUAUGCUCACAAUGGCCAUCUCCCGGAAGCUCUGGCGAUCUUCCGCGAGAUGCUGCUCGCCGGGAUCCUCCCCGACUGCGUGACGAUCGUGAGUGUUCUCUCGGCUUGCAGCCAUGGCGGAGUGGAAGGCGAUGGAUGGAUUCACGUCGUGCGAAUGGCUUGGGACUACGAUCUGGAGCUUUCGCUGGCUCACUACCUUUGCGUGAUGGAUCUUCUGGGACGAUCGGGGAAGCUCGAGCUGCUGGAGGAUCUGGUGACAAGCAUGCCUUUCGAGCCGGAUGUUGUGGCAUGGACGACUUUGCUCAGCGCUUGCAAGGAGAUUGGAGACGAGAGACGCGCUGCUCGAGCUGCUCGAAAGCUCCGGGAGAUGGAUUCCAACGCCAUGGCUCCGUAUGCUCUGCUCUCCAACAUGCACGCUGGUGUGGCGAACGCGGAGGAUUGA